CAGACAAAGAAAAACCAAACUUUCCAGCGGAGCGCCGACGAGCGUCCAACAGGUAACAGGGGGGGAAAUGCAAAUAUGACGAACACGCUAGUAGUACGAAACAAUGUUUUGUAGUUAAAUGGUAAAUAUUUGUGAUAUAUUUAUUUUGUUUUAAAUGAGCUUAAAAAAUGGCAGACAAAGCUCGGAAGUUUCAAAUAGUUAUAAAAGGUGGUCAGCCUUGGGGAUUCCGUCUGCAUGGUGAUCCUGAAAACAGGUUCGCUGUAAUUGUAGAUCAAAUUGAACCAGGUGGGAAAGCAGAAACUCAAGGAGAGCUGAAGAAAGGUGAUCAGAUAAUAAAAAUAAAUGAUGUCCAAUGCUUGUCUCUUUCUGAUGCUUUACAGCUCAUUGAGUCUGCUUUCAGAACUCUCACAAUUUUAGUACAGAGGUCUUCUGAAGACUCAAACCAAAGGAAAAUAAAUAUUUUUGGUCAAAAAUCUGUCUUUUCGUUGCCAUAUCAUUGCCAAAAUUCAGCAGCUAAUUCUGUGCCAAGCUCUGUAUUUCAUGAAUUUCAAGAUUAUAAAGAUAAUAUAUCAACUCAAAAGUUGUACAGAAAAGUGACUCAUACUAGUUUAACAAGUAAUUAUGAAAACAUUUCUUCUUUAAAUUUGUUAAAUAGCCAUACAAGUAGUUUAAAAAAUAAGUUACAAUGCUCUGUGCCACAGAGUACCCAAUCCAACCUUUUAGAAAACCAUUCUUCUGAAAAUAACUCUUUAAAAAAAUAUAGAAGUAUAAAUAGUAAAGAAAUUGUGGUGAAGCAAAAGAAUUUUCUUGAUUUAGUGCCUACUUCCUCUAAUCAUGAUACAAAUUUGAACUUAGUUUGUGAAAAAGUGCCAUUACCUCAAAUGUUUUUCAGUAAUAGUUCUGAACUAAAAUUGCACUUGCAGCCUAUACAUUCUAAAAAAUCACACACACCUUCACAAUUGGUUCAAAAUCAUCAUGAAGAUAUGGGUAAAAAAUAUCAAACUGUGGAGAGUAGCUCAAACAAAUAUGCUACAGCUAAUAAAGUAGCUAGAAUUAGUUUUUGUAUGUAUCCAAAUUGUAGCAGCAAAAAUAUUAAUUGUACAAUACAUUCACCCCCAGAAAAAGAUAAUAAACAGUAUGGAGGAAAACUGGGCAUUGAAAGCCAUUGUAAAAUAUCUGUGCCAAAAAUUUCUUCCACUAUAGAGCAAAUCUCUUGUCAUAUUUAUGCAAAUGAUAAUGCUCAUCUUUUACCUAGUAUUGGCCUUAAAGAGAACCCUUGUGUCAUGGAGCCUAACAACCAAGUUGAAAAUGUUGAUUAUGACAAAUGUAACAUGACUGGUGAUAUUAACAUUCCUAAUUAUUGUGAUAAUUUAAAUACGAUGAAGUGUUGUCUUUCACAAAAUAAUGAACACUUACAGAAUAAGUGUAAGAAUGUGUAUGCUUCCACAGUGGCAGAAGGUGAAGUAACACAGUGCUCUAAUCAAAUUAACACAAAUUUUGUUCAAGCUGGAAGAAAAGACUACAAUUCUGAAUCUCAGUUUGAGUAUUUAAAUUUUAUUAACAGAGAAACAAUUCCUAAUGUUACAAUUGGACAAACAAUGUUAGUUGAUCAAGCCAAGGAAAUUCAAGUCAUGGGAUCAGAAUCAAAAUCUUUUGGCAAAGAUGCAAUGAAACUAUCUCUUUUUAAUGAAAAUGCAAAUAAUGUACAGUUCAAAAAUUCUAUUAAAAAGAAGUGCUUUCUGGAUGAAACAAAAUCAUUGUUUUCAGCCACCAACAAUAACACCUGUUUGAAAUUUUCGGAGAACAGAACAGUUAUGAAAUUAUACACAUGUGCAGAUGAAAAAGAUAUUGAAGAGGAUGAAGAACUGUGCUUCAUUGAAGAAAAGGUGAAAAAUAUGAUUAGGCCUUCUUGCACUCCAUCUGCUAGUCCUGAUUUGCCUUUACCACCUCCUCCUGUUAAUUCUCAUUCUGAAAUCAUUCCAACAAAUGAACCUCUGCCAUCUCCACCAUGUCUUUCCCCCAUUCCAGAUGAACCAAAUCAUGAAAAGCCAGAAGCUGUGUAUGCUAAUUUAGAAAUGCUAAAAAUAAAAUGUGCUGUAGUUAACUCCUCAACUCAAACUGCUUCAUCUAAACAGCAAACUGCAAUCAAAAAUAAUUCCUUUCAAGAACUAGAAAAUAUUUCAAGUUUCUCAUGCAUUAGAUCAGAUUUAUUCAACAAUAUGUUAGCCCCAGCAUUUGAAAAAACUCUUUCUAAUACUGUCAUCAAGAAUCUUUUGAGACAGCAAUUACAAAAACCUGUUGCAAAGAAAUUAGAUGUUAUGUCUCAUAACACAGAAAAAGAGGUUACCAUUGAGAGGCAUUCUUUAAGCCUUCCAUUAACAAGUGCAUAUUUUACAACUUCAGAACCAAAAGCAAAGCUUUUAACUCGCUAUGUGAGCAGCUUUCAUGAAAAAAAUAUGGCCUUUUCUGGAGAAUUAAGCAAUAAAAAGGAAGAAUUAAUGGAAAGCAUUUCAAAAAAGUUAGAAGUCUUAAAACAAGAACAAGUAGCUUUACAAGAGGAAAUGAAACAAAAUGAUGAGUUAGGAAAAAGUAUUGCUGAUAAGAUUGAUGAAGUCGCAAAACCUCAUGAAAGCAAAAAGUUUCUUAUUCAAGUUGAAGAACUGGUAAAAAUUACAAACCUCAUGUCAUCUUUAUCUGGUAGACUAGCUAGGGCUGAAAAUGCUUUACUUAUUUUGCCUUCCAACGCUUCUGUAGAAGAAAAGGCGGUAUUGGAGUUGAAAUACUUGAAGCUAAAGCAACAGUAUGAAGAAGCAUUAUUUUUGAAGUCUAAUAAUGAUAAGCGCAAUAAUCAUUUGUCUUUGCUUUUACGGAAAUAUUUUGAUGAAGAAGACUUGAUGGAUUAUGAUCAUUUCAUUCGAAUGAAAGCAAAAUUGUUGGUGGAUUUGAAAGAGCUUGAUGAAAAGAUAAAGUUAGGUGAAGAACAGUUGUCCGAUUUGCAAAGUAGUGUAAACACAGUCUUAAAUUGAUCGAAUUUGCUAAGAUCAUUUUGCUUUGAACAGUAGAACCUUGUUUAUCAGACCUGUGUUAAUGUAGGUGACUGGAUUAUCCAGAUCAAGUUUGCCGAGUUUUCAAGAAAUUUAUGUUACAGGGUUGCCACGCCACAGGAAAACCUGAAAAAACAAGAAAUGUGCAAGGAAUUCAAAAAAAAAAAAAAUAAAUAAAAAAAAAUGGGGAAAAUAAGGGAAUUUUGAAAAUUUCCUCAAAAACCUGGAAAAUGCAGGGAAUUUUAUUCAUUUUUCUGAAUGGAAGUUGCAAAAGUUAAUGCUCAAAUUUCUAAACUACAAAAGAAAAAAGCAAAAAAAAAGUCAUAAAUAAAAUAAAAUAAAAAUGUCUAUCACAAAAAAGAAAAUUUUUUAUGGUUUCAUUUGACAUGCAUCUUGAAUUUUGUACUAAUGUAAUGUAGAGAGAUGUAAUAAGUGAUCAAUAUUUAUUUUUCUGCGUAAUUUAAUAUUUGAAUUUUUUAUCUUUUAAGAUCCAAGUAAUGAAUAAAGCGAUUUUUUUUUUAAAUAAAAUGUGAAAUAAAUUCAAUCACCAUGCAAUUAUUUCAGUUAUAAUGAAGUAUUUAUUUCUCAUCAUAUUAUUUGUUUAUUAGUCUCCCCAUCACUCCGCAUGAGGAAACCAUCAUGAUAUUAAUGCUCUUUUUCAAAUAUAACAGUUCGCUUGUUUGUAAUGCUGCAUAUUCGUACAGGGAAAAUAUAGGGAAUUUUUUCCCCAGAAUCGAGUGGCAACCCUGUAUUACCACAAAUAAAUAUUUUAAAUUAGGAGAGCAAGAAUGUAACUAUAAGUGUCAAACAUUUGCUUUUAUAUAUUGUACAAUAAAUUAUGGUUUUCUAAAUAGCAUCAUGGCAUACUUGGAGCAUCAGCCGGAGACAUCUCCAUCUGAACUAUUGAAUCUACUGCAUGGAAAGGUCUGGCUAGUUUUUCAGGGUAUGCGUUUGCCAGUAACAGCAAAAUACUGCUUUACCACUGCACUAGCUGUGUUAGGCCAGUUUAUUUAUGUUGAUAGCACCAUGUACCUAUCUUCUGCCUGCAUAGGUGACCUCUGCUGAGAUUUUAGCUACACACUCUAUUUGAAAUGAUUUCCAAAGCUGUGAAAAAAUAAUGGCUGAUGUCAAAAACCCUGGCAUCAUCUGUCAGUUUUCACCCUUCUUCAAUCUUGCUAUUAAUAUGACUACUUGUAAACUCAUUUUAGUGACGUCAAGGAGGCAUUCCAAAAACUGCUAGUUUGUAUGUUGAUUUUGUUCCAUGACAAACA